UAUAAUUUCUUAUUUGAGGUAUGAAAAUAAGUUAAUUAAUAAUAAAUUUUAAUUUAUGGGAAGCAAGGCCGAGAAUUAAAUCGAAUAAUAUUCAGGAUAAGACUUUGGUGACAAGAUAAGCUUCACUGUCGGUGUCAGUUACAUGUUAGGUAGGCUGUAUUUCAUAAUUCUAGCUUCAUCAAUUGGAUUACUAAAAGGAGCUAUUGAAGGAUUUCCAAGAUAAUUUAAUAUGCCCAAAAAAUUGAUUCUCAACAAUUUCUUUAAUGCUGUAGGAAAACGAACAUCGACAUAUGGUUAAGCUGCUGCUAGUGCAAGCAUGCUUUAUUAUUUCGUCGGAGCAGGAAUGAAUCUCUUAUUUGAAGAUGAAUUAGCUGAUAUUAAUUAACUGAAAAAAAAUAUGCUUUGCGGUGCUAUUUCAGGAGCUGUAUACAAAUCUACAUUGGGUGUUGUCCCAUUUUUUGUUGGAGGGAUUGUUGGAGGAUCUUUGAUAGGAGGUCUUACACUUCUGGUUGAGAAUUUCAAUAGAAAAGGUAUUGUGGCUUUUGAAAUGAAGUUUUGA